CCAAGUCAACCCGUCCCGCUCUUAGCAUGGCGUUGAUCGCGGUGCUCGCGUUGCCGCACGCGUGGUUUAAGCCCGCAGUUCCCAUUGCAGUGCGAGGCAGCCGUAAAGGUGCGGCCGGAGCGCCGCUUCGUGCAGUAAGCCUGUGCGCAGAGAGAUCGGUGGAGCCCGGCGUAUCGGUGAGCGAAGCCGCAGCUCAAGUCAAGGCCCUGCUGCCUAGGCCGGAGCUCGAGCCGCUGCAGGUGGUCGAGGCGCAGUGCGCCGCGUUCCAGCGCGGCGGCGACGACGACAUCGAGGCGCUGUUCGCGCUCAUCGCGCCGGAUGGUCAGCUCUGUCGCGCCUACCGCAGUUCUGCGGGCUCCAUGCCGGCAUUUCGCUGGACCAUUCGCAGGGAGCCACGGUGGACGGGCAUCGCUGGCCGGCCGCAGGCUGCGCUCCUCAAGAUGCGAUCCUGGCACAUCAUUGGCUCGCUCCGCCCAACCCUCGACGAGUGCUACGUCCACGUUCGCGCGUCGCCCUUCUUUCCCGACGCGCCGGACGCCGAGGGCGAGGUGGUGUUCAAGUGGCACCUGGCACGGCAGCACGCGGACGCCCAUCCGGAGGCAGCCGAGAUGCUCGGCGAGGCGGCGGGCUGCUGGCUGGUCCACGACAUCGCGCCGGAGCACGGCAGCUGGACGGUGCACGACCCGCUCGACGCGGGCAAGGCUCCGGCCCCCGACUUCUUCCAGGCGCCGCCGUACUCCGGCCCGCGCUGAGGUCUGAGGGGCGUGCUGCGCGCCCUCGCCCUCCUGCGUCCUCCGCGCACUGGCCCUCGCGCGCUCUGGCUCCUCUCGGACAACCUUGUACUCUCUCACCUUGUACGUCUCUUCUGUACCUCUCUCUCUCUCCUUGUAUGCCGUAUACUGCAGUACCUCUCUCUCUCCUUGUAUGCCGUAUACUGCAGAUGUAUGUAUGUAUGUAGG